UUCCAGUGCCAUAGGUGGCAGUAAUGAACCAGUAGCGUUUAUGCCUACCGACGUUUCACAACACUGAACGAGAAAAAGAAGGACUUGUAGUUCUUGCUCUACUCGUGAAGAACAGAUUCAGAACAGAGGACAAGCCAUUCAAGUUGAGAGGUUCAUAGCAUUGACCCCGAUGCUGUCCACUGUUAUCCGCAGUGCUCGUCAAAUUUCGACCACCUCUACCUUUACGAGGACCUUAGCCCACUUCAAACCCCACAUGGACGUAAACCCCAACCGGCCUGUCGAAGGGACCAUACGGACCAAGCUCACCCAGGCUCUUGAGCCUGAACACUUAGAAGUUCACAAUGAAAGCCACAUGCACGCCGUGCCCUCUGGCUCCGAGUCCCAUUUCAGAGUCCUUGUGGUCAGUCCACGCUUUGAUGGCCUCUCCUUAAUACAGCGCCACCGCUUGGUCAACGAAGCUCUAAGUGAGGAGCUCCGAACCUGUGUCCAUGCUCUGGCUAUCCAAGCUAAGACCCCUCAGCAGUGGGGCAGAAACCCCAGUCUGGCCAAGAGCCCUCCGUGCAUGGGAGGCUCAAGGGGGGAUCACACAGUCGAGGAGAAACUCAAGGCUGGGCAGGAGUGAGCUCAAUGGGCCCGGGCAGGGCACUCCAAACUGGACUGAUGAAUUUAAAAGUGAAGUGUCAAUUUUACAUUUAAUAUAUGGCUAAUGUGAUCAGUUAAAUACCCUGUUGUUAAAUAAACCUUUUUUUCUUAUUGAAA